AUGCCCAUGAAAAUGGUUGCAAUGUAUGCCCAUGAAAAUGGAUGUCCUCGGGAUGAAUGGACAUGUAUCAGUGCUGCAGAGUAUGGCCAUUUGGAGAUCCUCAAAUAUGCCCAUGAAAAUGGGUGUCCUUGGAGUGAAGGUACAUGCGAAUAUGCUGCUGCCAAUGGCCAUUUCGAAAUCCUGAGAUAUGCCCAUGAAAAUGGGUGCCCUUGGACUGAAUGGACAUGCACUGAAGCUGCAGCAGGGGGAGAUUUGGAAGUGUUGACAUAUGCCCAUGAAAAUGGAUGUCCGUGGUCUGAAUGGACAUGCAAUUUGGCGGCCCGGAAUGGUCAUUUGGAAAUUGUGAGAUAUGCCCAUGAAAACGGAUGUCCUUGGGAUUCAAAGAUAUGUAUGCAUGCUGCAAAGAAUGGAUAUUUGGAAAUCCUGAAAUAUGCCCAUGAACAUGACUGUCCAUGGCACGCAGAGACAUGCCCCACAGCUGCUACGAAUGGCCAUUUGGAAAUCCUGAAAUACGCCCAUGAAAAAGGUUGCCCUUUGGGUGCAUAUACAUGCAGCAAAGCAGCAGAGAAUGGCCACUUGAAAAUAUUGAAGUAUGCCCAUGAAAAUGGCUGCCUGUGGGACGAACAGACGUACAGCCAUGCAGCCCAAGGUGGUCAUUUGGAAAUGCUCAAAUAUGCCCAUGAGAAUGGAUGUCCAUGGGAUGGAUGGACAUGCCACAAUGCUGCAAGAAAUGGACAUUGGGAUGUUCUGAAAUAUGCAGUUGAGAAUGGUUGCCCAUGGGAUGAAGGUGAUUUGAGGAUUGUCAAUAAUCGGCAGUCACCAGAUUGGGUUCUAGACUUGCUCUUUCAGAAUAAUUGA